GGCUGCGGACGCCCCGGCUCUCCGGCCCCGCCGCCUCCCCUGCGCCCGCUUCCCUCCCGAAGUAUAUAUUACAAAGCAUUCACGGGCAAGUGGGAAUUCAGCUGCAGAGCAGAGCUAGAGAAUUUUUACAGAGUGGCCCUUCAGGUGGUUUAAAGAAACAGACAUUUGGCAGCAAGAAGAGAGAUCUCUGCAUCAUCGCUAGUUGACAUGGCGGAAGCUGCUGGGGUUGCCUCAACUCUGCCCGUAACAGGGAAGAAAAAGAAGAGUCUGUCCAUUGAGGAAAAGAUCGACAUCAUAAAUGCAGUGGAAAGUGGCAAGAAAAAAGCAGAAAUUGCAGCUGAAUAUGGGAUAAAGAAAAAUUCAUUGUCUUCGAUUAUGAAAAAUAAAGACAAAGUUCUAGAAGCUUUUGAAUCUCUGAGGUUUGAUCCAAAAAGAAAAAGACUAAGGACUGCUUUUUAUACAGAUCUGGAAGAGGCAUUAAUGCGGUGGUAUCGAAUUGCUCAGUGUCUAAAUGUACCAGUUAAUGGUCCAAUGUUGCGUCUAAAAGCUAAUGAUUUUGCCCAGAAACUGGGACAUAAUGAUUUUAAGUGCAGUAAUGGUUGGCUGGAUCGUUUUAAAUCUAGGUAUGGCUUAGUAUUCAGAGCUCAACCUACAGAAGCCUCAGGUAUACCAGUAGAUCCUUCAACUGUCUGGUCUCAAAAUGUGCUUCCUUAUUAUUUAAAUGAUUAUCAUCCUAAAAAUGUUUUUAACGUAAAAGAGACAGCACUGCUUUAUAGAAUGUUACCUACAAAUACAUUUGCUUUUAAAGGAGAAACAUGUUCAGUUGGAAAGUUAUGCAAAGACAGGAUAACUUUGGUUGUCGGUGCAAACAUGGACGGUUCAGAGAAACUUCCCUUGCUUAUCAUUGGAAAAAACAGAAAUCCACAUUGUUUCAAAGGUAUAAAAUCAUUGCCUGUGUAUUAUGAAGCCAACAGAAUGGCAUGGAUGACCUCAGAUAUAUUUGAACAAUGGAUGCAGAAGCUUGAUGAAAAGUUUCAAGCCCAGCAACGAAGAGUAGUGAUUUUUGUUGAUUCUUUUCCUGCACAUCCAGAGGUCAAGAACCUAAAAUCCAUUGAGUUAGCAUUCUUUCCGUCAUGUUUAUCUUCUGAAAUUAUAGCUAUGAAGCAAGGUGUUAUUAAAAGCCUUAAAAUUAAAUAUCGACACUGUCUUAUCAAGAAAUUUUUAAACUCGGUUGAAAGUAGCAAAGAAUUUACAUUUUCCCUGCUAGAUGCUGUUGACACAUUGCAUCUCUGUUGGAGGUCUGUAACCACAGAGACUAUUGUUAGAAGCUAUGAAGAGGCAGGAUUUAAAUCUCAAAAGGAAGAACAUGACACAACAGAUGGACAGAGUGAAGGUGGGCUUGAUCUGGUUGCCCAUGCUCUGGGGACAGGAGUGGAAUUUCCUGAAGGUUUGUCUAUAGAGGAGUACGCUGCCCUGGACGAGGACCUGGAGACCUGUGAAGCAGGGGCAGAUGACAGCUCAGAGUGCACGCGGGAAAGCAAACCAGAUGAGCCUGCAUUUUAUACUUCCGAUGAGGAUGAGGAUGGUGGCACUCUAGAAACUGCGCUGCCUUUACCAUCAAAAAGUGAAGCAAUAAUUGCUUUAGACACUCUUAAAAAAUUUCUUAGAAGUCACGAUAUGAAUGAUGAACUUCAGGAUUCUUUAGCAGACCUUGAAAAUUUUAUUAACUCUUUAUCACCUAAAUAGUUAUUUAUUGUACAACAUCUGAAGAGUAGUUGCUUUUCUGAAUGUAUUUUAUUAAAUAAGGUAUGUAAAGGAGAAAUAACCACUUAAAGAUUAAAAAGGUGAAAAACUCAUUAUCUUUGGUUGAAUUGCAAAACCUUUGGUUUGAAUAGCAAAGCUCCCUGGUAAAUAAUGACUAAGUACAUAAAACUACAAAAUUCUAUAGCAACAUUUGGGAGAGCAGGAAAUGUAUUUUAGAAGCUUUGUACUUGACAUAUAUAUAGUGCAUGUGUCAACUAUAAAAAAACCCUUCAGUUAUCUGCUUCACACAUAUUUGAAU